AUGCCCGUACACCAACCCCCCAACCUAGCCGCCCUCGCAGACGCAACCUCAACCGCCCUCCACACGCGCCGACGAACCCCUCCGUACCAAAUUUUCAAGUUCGACAUCCCCAAUUACAAACCCCCAUCCUCUCCCGCCGCUGUCCUCCCACCAGCAAUCCAAAAACUGGUUUCCCACCCCAAGAAACCACCAUUCAACUACCCCCCCAGAAACCCAACCCAACCCACUCAUCCCCAGCCUCCCAACCCCUCCCCAUUCCCUUUCGGCUCGACACCCCAAGAGAUUGACACCUUCUUCCUCUCUCCCAGCCCCGGGCAAGACCCCCAAGAGGAAUACGUCCUUAGCCCACCACCACAAGGGGAACCACCCAAGCCCGACGCCGCAAAAGUCAAGAUGGGCAAAAUGAAAUGGUUGGCUGGGUACGCCGUCACCUCUCCCUGUGAGCUUCCCGGUCCGGUGAAGCAGACAGUCGUGGAGGAGGAGAGUGGCGAGGUGGUAGGGACGAGGUGGGUUGCGGUGAAGGUUGAGAAGGAGAUGAUGGACUUGUAUGUACCAGAGUGGGAAGACUUUGACUCUGAUUGUGAGGGGUACAGCGGGAGGGAGGGGGGUGUCACUCCAAAGGGGAAAGGGAAAGGGGUGGGGGGUGACGAGGUUGGAUCAGAGGCUGAGGGGAUUGUGAGACAAGAGGGGAAGGAGAAAAAAGAUGAUGGGGACGAUCAAGAGGUUUGGGAGGAGUUUGGCUGGUAA